CGGGGGCAACACUGCGGUAUCGAGCGCCGUCGACACUUUACUCACCGCGCCGUCGCCGCGCAUCGUACGCGCCGACGGUACUCGUGUGUAUUUAUUACGCACACCCGUCAUCGAUCGCUGCUGCCGCUCGCCGCCCUCACCGCUGCCAUCGUCACGCAUACCAUUUUCACCGGACCCGCAAAAAGUCGUCGUCGUACAUCGUUCCCUUGGCACAGUUGCUACCGCAGCGUCCAUCCUGUAUAAACGUGCCACGCCGUCCUUGUUCAUUCGCUGACUUAACAAGAAUAUUAACCGCAGUUAGAUUAUUGCAGUUAUACGUUAGAUUACCUAAAUUGCAAUUAUAGAUAACGAGCGACAGACGUAUAGUUUUCCCUUAACAGAGAACACUCACGGGUGGUCGUGCUCCAUUCAGGACCAGUGACCAAUUUACCGCCACCACCAUGGUCAAACAUACUACGGAUACGAACGGCAUCGGGUACGAAUGGGAAUACGCUAAGGUAAAAGACGACAGAACCAUAUGGCAGAAGAUCAUCAACGGAAUUUACAACCCGAGCUCGCAUGAAUUUCUCGGUCGGUCCGCCAAGAGCUGGGGUGAGUGUGUUAACUUUUAUUUUAUUUUACCACUUAAAGUUUAAUGUCCCCUUAAUCAUAAAUAAUAAUAUUAUAUGCAAGUACCUAGGUAUAUUGUGUGGUCUAACUAAAUGUGUGAGUUCCUUGGCACGUUUGGACGCUGCGUCUGGACGUCGCGUCUGGGCGUUGCGUUUGACACCACGUCUGGACGUUGCGUCUGGCCCGUUAUAGAAUAAAUUAUAUAAGCAUAAGUUCUUAGUAGUUAUUUUAAGUGAUACUAUAAAGUACCUACAUUAGUAUAGUAUGGUACUUAUUUAUUAUGUUUAUUAAUUAUGUAGUUUACUUAUGUAGGUAUCAGUAUAAAUAUCAACUAAUAAUUAUUAAUUAAACUACCUUCCCAUUGAUCCACUACUUUCUAUAAAUCAUAAAAUAUUUUAGUAUCGAACAUGUUCACUGUGCCAUUGCUAAUGUGAGUAAUCAGUGUGUAGAAUAUAGGUAUUUAACAGAAUAUUAUGGCAUUAUGAUUAAUAUGAAUCAGUGGUGAAACGCUGCGUCUGACCCACGACACUGCUAUCGUGACAGUGACGUUGCGUCAGACGUCUAGACGUACAGCGUCAGGCGCGCCUAGAAAAUCAGUUCAAGAAAAUACAUGUCGUCAGUUACUCGCGUCUGACGCUGCGUCUAGACGCAUUGUUCAGACGCAUCUAAAAACGCGUACUUUAACAGAUACGGAUCUGGGCUUACAUUUCAUUUUGCCUUACGCAAAAUAAUGGUUCGCAUAUUUAUAACACUGCAUAUUCUUAAUGCCUAAUUCUUAUUAAUGGAUAUAGGUACCAAAACAUAUACGUUUUUUUUGGACUUUGUAAAGCAUCUAAAUGGCUUCCACUGUGACCUCCGCUUUGCACCCGCGCCCACCGUACACCUUUUUGUGCACGGCGCACGCUGUUCUGGGACCCGUGGAAGACGUGUCAUGGGCGGGUCGAAAUUGAUUUUCCUCAUUCUCCCCCAUCUCGUUCAGUAGUCGUACCUAUGUAUGUGUAUAGCGACGUUAAUAUAUAAAUAUGGACACUUUACAACGGUUAAAUACAAAGGCGUAAUUAAUAAUUGGGUCAAUAAUCGAUUUGGCUAUAAGAUCGAUGCAGCAGUGGCGGAUCUUGGGGAAAGGGCUCAGGGGACCACUCCUACACAGCUAGUUGUAAAAUUGUUUUCACUAUAGAAUAUUCAUCUCAAUAAGGCAUAAUAUUUUAUUUUUUUCUUGAAUUGCUAGUCCGUGGAGGCUGUUGUUUUCCUGCCGGGUUUGUAAGCUCUUUUAAUGUCUUCAUCUAUGGAUAAUGAUUAUUGACAUGCUAAAUUGCUAUACUGUUAUUUUUGUGGUAUAUUGGACAUAAUAAUAAUCAUGGUUGGAACGUAUAAUACAGUAAAGUAUAAAACACGUAUUAUAUGUAUGUAUAAAACGUACAGUAUAAAACUAUUAGUUGUAUAUAUUUUAUACUGUAUAUAAUUAUUAUUUUUUUGGUUGCGAUUGAACAGAAAUUAUCAGGUAAAAUAAUUUUCAAUUGAAUUUAAUCAUCAUUUUAUAUAUUUUAUAUUAACCACCUAAAAUAUAUGUGAUAAUUUGUUACAUUAAUUACUUCAUUUUUAUUCUUUAUUAAUAACUACAUUAAUAUGUAUAUUAUCGAAAACGAAAUUUUUUUGUUUUUAUUUUAUUCUACAUUUAAGAAAAUUCACCAAGUUCAUGUUAUUUGUUAUAUUUGUGUAUGAGUUUAAAUACUUAUUAAAAUUUAAAAUGUACAGUGUUAUCACUGUUAUAAUAAACUUAAAAAAAAAAAAAAAAAAUAAUAAUAAUAAUAAAAUAAAAAGAUGUCCUAGGAUAAUGGAGACGGAUGCAACAACUGUUAUAGGUAAUUUAUUGUAUAUCUGUAAGCAACGAUAAACCAUUGCUAACGAAAAACAAUUUUGAGCGCAGUUCAGUUGAGAGUGAUGCUUUUCCAACAAUAUAUGGUAAAAUUUUAUGUUAAAAUUUAUGGUAAAAUAAUUAAAUAGGCUUUAUACAUUUUCUUAAAUGAUAUUUGUUUAAUGUUGUACCGAUUUUCCCAAUUUUCCUACGUUUUUCUCGGUUUUCUCAUGUUUUAUCCCGGUUUUUCAAAUUUAAUGAGAAAACUCCUAAAAAAAUCGAAAAAUUACAUCCUUAAAGUACCUUCCCAGUCAAAUUUACUUUCAGAAAAAAUGCUAUUAUUCUAAAUCGGAGCAAAAUUACUGGUAGAAAAGUUGUACACAGAAAAAAAAGGCCAUAAUAUUUUUUUACUAAUACCUACAUUUCGUACAUUUUCCAUUUUCAGACAUUUUAUCCCGGUUUUUCUCAGUUAUUAUGGAAAUUGAUUGAAAAAUCACAAAAAUGACCUACCUAAACCAAGGAGUUAAAAUUUCUUUUCAGAUUAUAAGCUACCUAUCUUUUCUACCUUGAUACAUGGAAGAUAUUUUUCGAUUAUAGUCAUCCGAGCGAUCGAUAGAUGGGUGUCUCUAGGUACACUUAAAAUGCAUUUGUUUUUUCCCUAUUCAGAUAAAAGGAGGAAAAAAAGUGCAAACAAUUUCUUUUCAACUCCCGGAUUCAAACCCGCGACCCCUAGUAGGACAAUACAUAUUCAUGACCAUUUGAAUACAACAAACGAAUAAUGUAAAAGUUAAUAUAGAGUUAUUUAAUAUUACAUUUAAUAUUUGAACUUCAUAAAGUUAUAAUUUCGAAACUUAGUCAGUCCGCUUAAUUCUGGUUUUAUCAUCCUUCUUACAUCAGCAAUUUACAGAAAAAAAAAAAUUUAAAAAUUAGAUUUUUUCCACAUAAUUUUCUACUAAAACAAUUUUCGUCAAAAUGUUGUAUUAAAAUUCCUCUAUAAAAACAAAUACUACAUUAAACUCAAUUUUUGUUUACCACAAAGUAAGAUUUAAUGAACCUUCAGUUAAUUUUUCAAGCAUUUCUGUUAAGUCUAACAAUUUUACUGCAGAGUAUUUACCGCAUAAAAAUUACGUACACAACUCGCAAAAUUAAAAUGUUUAUAAAUAGCUCAAAAAUAGCUUACAUGUUUUGAAAAUUUUACCACGUCUAGAAAAGUCAAAUUACAUUUUCUGUCCGAAUUUUAAGUCCAUAAACUCGAUACGAAUAUUUAUAACUGAAUUUUAACAAAAAUAUUUAACAUUUUUUAAAAAGCUUGAAAAUAGCUCAAAUAUUUGAAAAUUUUACUACAUCUAGAAAAGAAAAAUAUAAGUUUUCUAUUCAAAUUACAACAAUUGACAAAAUUGAAAGAUAAUAUAAGCAUUAUUAUCGUGAAUUUCCCGUUUUUCUUACUUUUUAUCCUGGUUUUUCACAAAUAAUAUGAAAACCGCUUGGAAAAUCAAAAAAAGUAUCAGAAAUGGUGUUACGCGUAUAUAUUUAAGCAAGAUUUAUGAUCGAAUUUUUCUACACACGAUAAAAUAAAAAAAAAAAUAUCUUAGUAUAACCAAUACUUUGCUACACUCAGAAUCUAAAAUUAGUCGUUAUAAAGUUUUAUAUGUGUUAUAUAUGUGGGUUAUCUAGUAUUAUACGUGUAAUGCACUGUAACAUAUACAAAGUUUUAUAUGCAUAUAUUACCAACCCUAAAUUAAUAAUAGUAUAAAAUAAAAAACGAUAAAUAAAUAAUAUGAAUUAGUAAUAUACAUAGUUGUUUUAUUGAUGUAAUCUAAAUCAAAAAAUAAUAGAUCAUAAUAUUAUAGACUACAGUUAUAUCUAUACUCUGAUUCUAAAGAGAAUAUAGCGCUUUCGCGAUCAGUUUUCUUUUGACGGCACGCAUCCCUAGCAGGUAGCACCGGUCACGACCAUCCAUGACAGGUGCUACCUGGUAUGGAUGCGUGCCGUAUAGAACACAAUUCCGUACGGUUCUUAUCAGCGAACGGAAUCAUGCACAAUUUAAGACACAUUCCGUUCGUUUUUACCUAAGAUUUUAGUGUAAUGUUACCAGAUUUUUAUAACAGGGCUUAUUCUAAAGCGCAUUCGGGCUUAUUUUGCACAUUUGGAUAGUGAAGACGCGCACUUCAUAAUCAAUUUUCGAGUAAUUGAGUUAUAUUAAUAAUAUUAACAAGCAUAAAAACAAAUAAUAAAUACUAUUUGUAGUAAAUAGUAAUUACAUGUAGUGAACAAUAAGAUAUUACUAAACAUGUUUAAAUCACAUAAUCAACAAAAAUUUGAUUCACCAACAUAUAAUAAAAUAUUUGUCAAGUAUUUGUAGUAAAAAUGUGUAUACAAUUUAUACUAUUUAAUUGACAAAUUUUUAACUUUUUUAAUAAUAAAUAAUAAAUGGUAACAUUGCUCAGAAAAUUGUAUGGAAUCGUGUUGUUUUUUUGGCUCAUUUUGACAAUCCAUUGUUUGAACAAAAUCGUAUGGAAUCGUGUUCCCAAAAAGGUAAAACGUAUGGAAUCAUGUGUGCCACCGAACGAAAACUGGACGCGAAAGUGGUAUGUUCUCUUUUGAAAUAGGGUAUACCUAAUCGUGAAUAUUCCGGUGAUUUUAUAAAUAAAUAUUGUUACAAAGUGAAUAAUAUUAUACCCUGGUUAUAAAUAUAUAUAAACUAAAAUAUGCACCAUUGUCCAAGUUGUAACUUUAUACGCUUAUAAUAUUAUGUUGUUGUUCAUUCCUCAUGGCAUUCCUCUGAGUAAUGCUAAUUGACUUUAUUAAAAUAUUUUGUACAAAUAGUGGAAAAUAUCUAUUUUAGAAGUAAUAAUAAAUUAAUAAGCAGGUUUCAGUUAUAAAUAAUUUUGAUAAAUACUUUCCAAAAUGUUGAACGAGAAACCGUGGCCGAAAAGAGUGCAUUAAAUUUGGGCAAAUAGAGGAAAUUAAUUUAUCAUAUUUGGGUGAAAAGAAGCCCACCCAGUGGAUGUGUGUGUAGUAAACUGACUAGUUUAAACAUUUAUAAAUUCCAUGAAAUUAAAUAUCUUUAAACUGAACCAGUAUAAUAACUAAUAGCUGGUACUUAUAUACGAGUAAAAAUCGUAUAUAUUAUCAUUGAUUAUAAAUACUAUUUAUAAUCAAUGAUAUUAUGUAUAUAAAUUAUGAAUUUUUAGUUUUGUUAUUAUUAUUGUGAUUAUUAUUCAUAUUAAAAAUUUAAAAAUGAACAUUACAUUCGAACCAUAUUCAGGCAACCCAAAAUGUUUGGUCUAUGUAAUGGUUUAUCGUUGCUUAUAGAUAUACAUUAAAUUAUUGUCUGUAACCUAUACUUUCUCAACUUUGUACCUAUAACAGUGGUUGUACAACAUUUACCCAUUCACACAUGUGAAGUAUGGCCCGUUUUUACUAAUAUUUUUUUUUACACUAAUUUUCAUAAUUUUGUGAUCAGUUAUUAAUAAUAACUAUUAUAAUAGCCUUUUGUAUCGCAUAACCGAUAUUUCGCACCUUAAAAUAGAGUAAAUUAAUUUGUUUUCAAUAUAAUUCUAUAUUGGUAUCUAUAUCAUAAUUUAUUAACUUUAUUUAUUUAUUUCAGUCAAAUCAAUUAAAAAUCAUUAAUUACAGUGAAUUACAUUAAUAUUAUUAGCUGAUACGUACACCGACUGAGCAAUAGCUCGUAAGUGAUAUACGGAGUUCAUGGAUAUUAUUCAAUAUAUAAUAUUAUUAUUGAUAUAGUAGAUAUGUAUACAAUUAGAAUACAACUUAAUAAAACUUAAAAUAAAAGUAACAAUUGUUUUUUUUUUCUAACAUAAUUUAAGGUUUAAAUUAAUCAGCGUUAGAUAAGGAAAGAUUAUUUUUAAAUUUAUUUAUUAUCUUUUUUAUUAGAUUUGUAUUAAUUAUAUUAAUAUCAUUGGUAUUAUUAAAUUGACUAUUGCAUACAAUUUAUAUUAGAUUUUUUACAACGUUAUUUAAACUGAUGAAUAUAGUUUUACCCAUAUGAUAGGGGGAGAUUCUUGAACUAGUUAAUAAUGUAAAUGGUGGUUUAAUAUAUUUUUCUGUUCUUCUGUCUAUUAUAUAUAUAGUGUUAAGUGUGUAGUUUGGAAUGAAUUUUAUUAAAAUUUAUCUAAUAUACCUGUAGUUUAUAAACAGAUAAUAUAUUUGUUAAGUUCAAUAAUUCCCCUGGUGAAAAUUUUAAUGGAACGGAGUACGCUACUUUUACAAUAAUUUCUUGAAUUUAAUAAUUAUUACAUUUGAAUUAAGCCAAUCGAUAAACGUUUUCGAAACCAUCUUUGUUGACCAUUAAAAUUUAUUCUGAAUGGAGCGAAGAAGCUUAUGGUUUCAUAAAGAAAAGAAAUACCUUCCCAGUCAGUUUUUCUUUCAGAAAAUAUGCUAACUCUGUAAAUUGAAGCAAAAUUGCUGGUAGAAAAAUGGUUCAGAGGGGAAAAAAAGGCAAAAUAUGAUGUUUUAACUAAUACCUAUUUUCGUACAUUUUCCCGUUUUUCCUCGGUUUUUUUUUCGGUUUUUCACAUUUGAUAAGAAAACGCUUAAGAAAAUCGAAAAAUUACCUACUUAAGUACCACCUUAAGAAAAUUUCCUUCUAGAAAAGAGUCUACACUCUAUACCGUAUACAUCGGAGUAAGCUUUCUGGUAGAAAAAGUGUUCACAUAAAAAAAAAAUAAACAUUUUUGUAAAACCAAUACAUUUUUCACUAAACUCAGAUUCUAAAAUACUUAUAUAUUUAUUUCGUUUACUAUCGCAUAAAAAUUCGUAAUAUAUAGUAUAAUGUGUUCGGUUUAAUGUUUACACAUUAAUUAACCAUUGAAUUAUGUAAAUUAAAACUAUUACCUAUAAAUUAUAAGAAAAAAAGAUGUAUACGGCAGCGACGUUAUAAUACGAGUAUUAUCUCCUUAAAAUAACAACAAGAGUUGGGUUGCGUCUAGUAUACCCAUUUAGGAAUCGAAAAGUGUAUACCAAAUAAAAAUAACAGCCAUUAUACAGUAAGUCCUCGUUUAACGUUGAGGUUAGGUUCCUGGAAAGCACAACGUUAACCGAAAAUCGCUAAGGGAAAUACUUUUUCACUUAAUUAUAAUGGGUUCCAACUAAUAAAUAACAAUGUACAUUUUAUUAUAAUUAUUAAAAUUGCACGAUUUAAUUAUUUUUCAGCAUUGCUUUUGAUAGUUGGUGUAAGAAAAUAAUGAUUAGCAAUGCCCACUGUUCGCUCAUCAGGUUCAAAACGUUUUAUAAUGUAAUUUUUGUAGAAAGAAUUAUAGUUAUCUGAUUUUUUAAAAUCGGUGUUUUGUUGUCAUAUUAAUUAUAAAUGAAUAAAUAUUGAAAUAUGUAACAAUAAAAUAAUAUGAAAUAGUAAUAUAAUGUACGUACACGAAAACUGUACAGUCAACAACAAAAGUGUCGUUGAACAAGUGACUAUCAAUAAAAUGAAAAACGAUUACAAAGUACAUAUAAGUUAUUACCUAAAAUAAUUAAAAAUAGUACCUACGUAUGAUAAGUAUGCCAAUCAAAACGAUAACAGUAUUAUCUGAAAAAAUUCGACGAAAUUAAAUAACUUAUAAAAAAUAUAUAGGUAUAAGUAGUAAAUACAUUACUUAUAAUAAAAAUUUGAUGAAUACAUGUAUUACAAACGACGUUAUACAGAAACCGUUGCAGUGUUAAAUGAAACACUAGGACUUACAUUUCUAUGACGCAAUAGCGAAACAACGUUAAAUGAAGUGACCUUAAACGAGGAACUACUGUAUUUACUUAAAAACGAGUAGUCACGCAAUCAAGUUCCAAAAAACUUCAUCUUAACAUUUGUCUACAGUGUAGACAAAUGUUAACAACGUUAAUCCAUAUAAUUUUCGAAUUUUGACGCCCAGAAAACAAUUUUGUUUCCAUUGCAGAUUUGGCCAAACAUACAAAUGUAGAGCAGCUUGUUUCUUAAAUGUUCUAGAAAACAAAUUCCUGAAAAAGUUAAUACUUUCCGAAAUAAUGAGUGUACCCACUUAAAUGGAUCAGCUAGUAGAAAAAUAAUUAUUAAGGACUGCAACAUUCUCGUAUAUGAUGAUAAUUUAUAUUUACAAUUUACAGGUUGAAAUCAUACGAAAGCAAAAAUAAAUAUUUGUACACAACUAAUAUUCUAAUUAUUAUUUUGAAAAAACUAUAUUGUCAUCUGCAGUUUUUUUAUAAUAGGUAUUUUGCGAAAUAAAAUAUUUUUAAGCGGUGGGAAUAUCCCCUUGUGAAAACAUAAUCAAUGUUGUUAUUUUUAAUUUGGUGAAAUAAUUUUUGUUUUAAGUCUAAUAGAGACUACAUAAUAAAUAUUGGAAAUAAGAAAACGCGUUUUUGCUACAUUGCCUGUAAGAUAGACAGAGUCUAUGUAGCAUCCUCUUAACAAAAUCGGUUAGAUAUGCACGUACCAAUUGACGCUGACAUCAUAUUGCUAGGAAGUUAUAAUAGGACAAUUUUCGUCAAAAUGUUAACUUAAAAUGUUUUUUAAAAAAAAACUGUGUAAACACGAGUAUUCAUAAACGUGUAUCAAAUUUUCAAACAUAUUUGCUGGGUCAUAAAAUUAUGUUCACAUAAAUCAAAAAAUAGCCAAAAUUUGCACUUAUAAUAAUUAUAAGAUCGUGAAUUUUUUAAAUUUGUAUAGUGCCAUAAAACAACUUAUGAUGUAUUACUUAUGGCCUUGUAUUACUUUUCUAAGCAGUAUUUUUGAGGAAUUAAAAAUUGGUGUCUCUAUAAAAUCAAAUAAAAUUCCAAAAUCACAAAAAUUUCAAUGAACAGCUAAAAAAUCACUGGAAUAUUUUGAAAAUUGUACUACAUUUCUUAAGGACUAAUACAAGUAAUUGUUGAAAAUUUUAGGUUUCUGCGGUUAUUUUUAACUGAAUUUGAAAUUGAAAGUAACAGAAGUCUUUUUACAUUAGUAUUUCCGUUUUUUUGCGGUUAUCGCCUAACAAAAACUAAAAGAAAAAUCAAAAAAUGACGUUCUCCAAUGCAUCAACUAGACAAAUUUCUACAUUUCACACACACACACGCAAGCAUACAAAUAUAUAUAAUUAUGAAAAAAAGCACACAUACUAGUAAAACGUGUUCUCAUUAUAUUAUAUUAUAUUAUUAUUACAUUGUAUUAUAUAAUAGUAUAUUUUGAUACUGUUGGACGGUUUACUACCGCGUGUCAUUUACUAAAUAAUGUUUAUUUAUUAUGAUUUUGUACACUCUCCAGUAAAUAAUUCGGAUAAAAGCACACUCGGCAGUAUUUGGAGAACGUGCGCAUUUAAUGUUUACUUUGCUCGCUCAUUGUACGAAUAAACGUCGUUGCCAAUACCGUCUAAGAAUAGAUGAAAAAAAAAAUUAAAAACAUCGACGCGUGUGCGCACGCACCUAUAUAUACACUAUAUGUACUUAGGUAUUAUAAUCCCGUUUAGCAAUAUGCAUAAUAUGCUUCGUGCGUCUUGUGGUGAUUUCGUGUAGUUGGACUGAAAAACUUGCUAAGUAUAGAACAACCUCCGUCCGUCUCGUGGUGUGAAAAUAUUUUACUAUAGUGUAUGUUUUGUAUGUUACGUGUCGAUUUUAGUGGCACGAAACAAUUAAUUGAACAAGAUGAUUUUAUUACAAUUUAUUUAAGUCAAAUUUAAUAUAACUAGAAAUUAUGUUCAAUUUCAAUAUUAAAAUGAGUGUUGUUUCGUCUGGCGUGAAAGUGUUUUACUUAAACCUAGAUGAAACACGAUUACCGAGGGUCCUUUCCAGGCCUCCUUUUAAAAGGCUUAUCGUACAUGAUUGAUUGAUUUUGAGUGACUGUAAUUUACCGGAUUCGCGUAGAAAUAGAUUUAUCACCCAGGUCAAACAAACAUCGCACGAUUGUCCAUGCGUGCAUUUUUUUAAUAAUGCUUACGCGAGCGUUUAUCGACAUUAUUAUAAUUUCAUAAUAUUGUAUAAUAUAAUAUGAUAUUACAUUAUCAUAAUAAUAUCGAUUUAAAAUAUUCAUAUACUUGGGUACACGAUACAAGUUUAAAAUACAUGUGUAGGUAUAUCAUAGGUAAGAAUAUGCACCACAUGUAAUAUGUAGGUACACAUUCCAUGUGUUCCUCGAUAACCUCGAUUAUCAAUCAGAUGAACAAUCGUGUGUUUCAUCUGAUUGAAUGUUAAGAAACACCAAUUUGUAUUAAAACGCAAAAUGCUCUAUUACGUGAUCUAUAGAAUUAUGUGAUAAUAUAUGUUAACCUGAUAACAUAUAAAUAUAUUAUAUUAUAUUAAAUGAGAUUAUAAUAUAAAUAUUAGAUAAAUAUAAUAUUGAUAUUCAUUAUUAAAUUUAACGAACAUAAUAAAAUGGAAAAUGGAAAAAAAUAUUUAAACAUUAUGGCUAAAUGUUGAUAACACCAAAUAAUUGUGAUAACACAUUUACAUCGUCUAGCAAACCAACUAUUUUGUUGAUUGAUGAUCCGAUGCAUCGAGAAGCAAUCUGAUUAGUGAUCAGAUUAAUUGAAUUUGAUGAGGAACAUCGAAAUUCAUCGGAUUGUUCAAUAUAAUCUAGAUAAUCUAGCUUAUCGAGGAACACACAAAUUGUACACUGUCUCAAACAUUUUUCACCCGAAUGUUUCGUGUUUUCACGUCUAUAUAACUUAGUGUAUAUUGUAGAAUGUAAAAAUAUUAUAAUAGGGAGGGGGAUGGUAAACUCCUACAAAAUUAGGUAUUCUCCUACAUUGACAUAGUGUUAACAAAAGAUAGUGUCAACUCUUACACUAGGUAGUUGUAAAGUUGUAAAAAGUAAAAUUAGGUAUUUUAAAAUAAAUAAAUUAAAAAUAAAAUCAUAAAUUACAAAAAUCAAAAAUAUUAUAUUACAAAUUUUUUUUUCUAAUUAUUAAAAUAGGUAAAUGCAGUGUAAUGAAUUUAUAAUAUUAACUAGGUACCGAACAACACGUGCAUAAAUCAAGAGAACAAACACUGUUAAGGUACGGUUUCCAAGGCGCGACUGGUCGCUGAGACCAGUCUCCGGUGACGUAAAGAAAACCGUCAAAUUCUGUAACUGUAUUCAGUAUCAUUGAGGUUUUCGUGCAAUGAGGGCUAGUGUUUUAAAGUUAAAUUGUAUAUUUACUGCUAUGAGUAUGAAUACAAUUAUUAAUAACAAUAAUAAAAUAAUGUUACUUCUUCUUGAAGAAGAGCAAGAGGAUGAUGAUUUAUUAACUACAACAUAAUGCGAUCAGAGAGAAAAAGUUGAUGCUCUUUCCCUUAAUAGAAAAAGUGAAGGAUACUUUAAAAUUUGAAUAAAUAGACAUUUAAUACGAAAUGAAACAAAAUUUCGCGAGUUUUUUCGUGUUAAUAAAAACCAUUUCGAUCAGUUGUUCUUCUUCUUCUCCCGAAAAAUGCAAUUUAGCCAUAUUGCUGUACGGGACAGUCGAAAUACACUACCCAAGAGCUGGUUUGUGAAUGAAAUAAAUCAACGGUCGCGCGCGACAGUCGCAAUACACUGCUCUCGGACCGGUAGUGUCACCGGUCGCCACGAUAAAGUUUAGUCGCGCGUUCGAAACCAGUCAAUAGGAAUUACAUACCAACAGUCGGACGGCGACUGGUUUCCGCGACCGGUCGCGCCUUGGAAACCGUACCUUUAGGAAUAAUAUAGUUUUUAAAUUAUUUUGUUCUGCGAUUGCUGGUAUUGAUGCUAUUGAACCUUUUAUCUAUCUGUGAGUGGCGAAAAAAAGAGUUAGAGAUUGUUGUAUUUCCAAUUUACGUAAAUAACGUAGACUUUAUCGAAAUGUUCGAGAAUUUCCCAUACGAUUUUAUUUUACAUUUUAUUAUCUUACAUUCGAAUACGUGUAAACUCCUACAAAAAUGACCUUUUUACUUGUAUUGAAAACAUAAUAAAAACUUCUACAUAGUCCCUUUUUAUCUGCUAAAAAUAGAUGGUGUAAUCUCCUACACAGACAUAUUUACAUUUUAGAUUCUAAGUGUAGCGAGGAAUGUAUAUUGGUUUUACAAUGAUGUUUAUUGGAAAUAAUUGCACUUAAGUGGGAAAAAAACGAAUGAUUUUACGAUUCUGUUAUUUUUAAAUAAACACACACGAAGUUUUAUACCAGAAAUAGUUCUCUAAUGGAAAAAUGACAAGAGACAUUUUUUGUUACAUUUUGGAUAAAUAUUCAUAGAAACUUUCGAAUGGAAAAUAAAAUUUAGUAAACAUAUGAAUGUAAGGCAUCGUAUCGGAAAUUCUCGAACAUUUCGAUAACGUCUACGUUAUUUUCGUAAAUUGUAAAUUCAACAAUCUCUACCUUUUAUUUUUGUAGUUUAUGACUGAUUUUUACUUAUUUUAAUAUACCUUAUUUUACUUAUUACAACUUUACAACUAUCUAGUGUAAGAGUUGAUACUAUCUUUUGUAGGAGUUUACCAUCCCCUUAUAAUAUAGGGGCGAUUUGAUUAUUUUAUCAAGGUCUUUCCCCAACCUCAUCCCGUCAGAGCCUUUUACAAAUAAUUUGUUCAUACAAUAUUUAUUUAACUACUAUCGAUUUUUACAAAAUGCAUUAAACAUUUUUUAAAGAACUAUUAACACAUUAGCAUAUUAUUAUCUACCUAUAAAAAUGUGUUAUUGAAUGAAAAAUAAAUAAAUUGUAUUACUAUACUGUGACAAAGAAUCAAAUUUUCCAAUGGUAUCAAUGUUAGUGUUUAAACCAACUUUAUAUGAUUAAUUGGAACGACAGAGUUGCAUAUUAAGUCAACAACAAAUGUCUUUGAUUUUUGUGAAUGGAUGUAAACCUGAAAGUCGUAUAGAUAGGUAAUUUAAAAAGUGUAGACGAAGUGUAAUUUCGAGGUAAACUAAUUUCGUAUUUUCAUGUUAGUUAAUAAAAAUAGUUUAAAAUAUCUAUUUUUAUUUGUGACUUUUGGGUGUAUAUUGACAUAUUUUUAUCUAUAUCAUAAGCGAUACUUGGUAGAAAACCACGUGAAUGCAAACGCUUAUUAUAAUUUACAAAUCCGUAGGAGGCUUCGUUCUCUACAACCCUCAAUAUAUUACUAAUAUUUAACCAGCACUUAUACAUUAUGAGUAAAAAAUAAAGAUUUUAUCAAAUUAAAAUUUCAUGUUAUGUUGUCAAAACAUCAUCAAUUAUAAAAUCACUAGGCAUUUGGACAAAUGGCCAAUGGGUACAAGUAAGUAAGCAUAUACCUACAUUCAACUGAUUUUGGCAUCAAAAGAAAUACUAUCAUUUUUCAAAAUUAUUUAUUUAAAUUGCAUAAUUAACAAAUAUAUAAUUUGUCAGCAUAAAUAAUAACAGUUAAUUAUAUACGAUUAGAUAGAUAUUAACACAUAUAAUACCUAUAUAAAACAAUACCGGUUUAUUAUACUGUUAUUUUAGUUUCAAAUAGUGACCUCUUUUAGAAGUUUCAGCACCCUAUUUGUUAAUUAUAUUUUCAAAAACGAUAGAAUAUUUCUUUUUGAAUAUAUGAGACUGCUAAACUGCUUAAUCUUUUUUGGCCCAUUGUGACUUAUUGUGCGUUUUUAAUCGCCUAGAGCUGAGAAACUACAUUCAUUAGGACUAGAUGUCUAUGAUAGGUAAUCACGGUUAUAUAUAUAUUUACACUGUCGGCUUGGUCAAGACAGCUAGACAGCGAUCGCUGCCCGGGUCUCUAGUUUUUUUUUUUUUACCAUAGAUACACGGAGUACAUAGGUAAAUUAUUAUUUAUAAAUAAUCGACACACAAACAAAUCGGAUUUUUCCCAAAUAAACGAGCAAUUGUCGAUAAGAUAAAUUUUGGGUUUAGAAAAAUAUAGGUACCUAUACAGGGUGCAGUUGUACAAUAACUGUGUCAAACUUCAGGAGUUAUUUCUACACCUCAAAUGCAACAAUAAUAUAAUAUAAGUAAGUAAGUAAGUAGGUAUAAGCAAGUUUAAUAUAUUUAUAAUCAGAAAAGUUCUCUGAUUGUUGUCUGUGGGUGCAAAAUGAUACUCUUUUCCCCCUCAAAAAAUUGUAGUGGUGCAAGUGCGCCCUCAUGGCCCCUCCGGUCCAAAUGCUGCCACUGAUCUACAUCAAUAAAUUUUCAAAUACCUUUCAUACACUCUCAUCAAAAUAAGACAAGCCAUUAUAAAUAUUUACGUGGACUAAGUCACGGGUAACAGCUAGUAGUAUUGAUUUUAUGAGACAUAAAAAUAAAUACUGAAUGUAGUGCAGUUGUAGUGAAUUCUUAUGUUUCUUACACAAACCAUAUUUUAUCUAUCUAUUCUAUUCUAUUCUAUCUGCUCUUAUCUAUUAUCAGUAUAUAAUAGUAUUAAUGAUUGUAAUAUAUUGUACAAUAAUAAUAAUAUUAGUAUAUUAUGUUAUUAAAAGCAUACACAGUUUAGAUUAAAUGUACAAUAAUUAUAAAGUAAACAAAAUAAAAUUGUUCAAAACAACAUAUAAAAAAAUGACAACCCCACCAAAAAAGUAAGGUUUGUGCUCGGAAUGAUUUAAAAAAUACGAUAGUUGUAACUUAUUAAAAAAACUUAUUGUAGACAAAGGAUAACUACAUACUCAUUAAAUAAAGCAGAAAACGAAUACAAAUAGGUAUGCAAAUAGUUGGCUAACAUUGACAAAAUCAAUAUUUUGUUUUAAAUCUAGGAAUAUCCAUAUUAACUUUUUUACAUAAAUCAAUUCCUACAAUAACCGUAUUGAAUUCCCCAAAUUUUGUAUUAGGUAACUUUAAUAUAAUUUAAAUUACUUAGUUUUUAUGCGUAUAUUGUAAACAUGAUAAGGUUUAAAUAUCACCAGAUUAUUAUUUUUUUAUAAAAUAGAUAGCCUAGAGGCUUUUAAAAAAUUAUUUUUAUUAUUAACUAACUCAUUGUAGUCUCUAAGCCCACGAGAUGAGUUAUUGUAUGUUUCACCCCAAACUUCUAUAACUUCAUAACUACUAAUUGACUGGACAAGUGAUAAAUAAACUAUUUUUAAUAUUCUUUAUUAAAUAAACUAAUGUCUAUUUAUAAAUAAAUGAAAACAAUUUGUGUGUAUUUCAGGAGGUAUUUUGCUCUUCUACGUCGUGUUUUAUUCAAGUUUAGCUUGUAUGUUUGCCAUCUGUAUGAAAGGGCUGCUGUCUACACUCAAUGAUCACACGCCUCAUUUCACCUUGACCAGCUCUAUCAUCGGUACAAAUCCUGGUACGUAAACAUAAUUCUCUUUUCAGCUAUAUAAAAUUAACCAUACGGCGAAUUUUGGUAUUCGUGCUCUGUUUUAUAAUAUAUUAUUUUAUAACUGCAUCGUAAUUUAUUUAUAAUAUAAGCCUUAAGCGCAAUCAUUAUUUAUACAUAUUUUUUUUAAGGAUUUUAAGACUAAAUAAGGUCAAUCUCAAAGAGUGAAUAAUAUAAUAACGUAUUAUAACAUUUACCAAGUACACAUAAGCAUUAAACAGGUGCACUUAUACUGCAAAAUCUAUAGGAUGAAUAAUAGUAUGUAAUAAUAAGAAUAUAAUAGGUUAGGGUAAAAUGGUAAGUAUAUUAAAAUGUGUAUAGAUUAACUGUACACAUUUUAAAUAUAUAAUAGAUAAUACAUCAGUAAUUGUUAUUUAUCAAAAAUAAAAUAAGCUAUAUGUAUUGUUAAACUAGCGAUAUACGAGGUAUGGCUAUUAAAUAACGAGACUGCUCGCCUAGAGGGCGCCCUAAAUGGAUAGUGAAAACAACGAGUAAUGCGUUGGGUAUCUAGAUAUCUUAUCUAUGCACGUACCAAAACACAUUUUCGUCACUAUUAUAGUAUUUGUGCAGUAGUGGUUUGAAACGAACGUGUUUUUUUCUCGUGCCGAAAACCAUGUGUGACGAAAAACAUGAGCAACGGAUAAACGUAAAAUUUUUUCGUUAAACUAAAAAAAACUCCAACUGAGUGCUAUAAGUUGUUAAAAGAGGCCUAUAGUGAGGAUUUCCUAUCUCGGGCGCGUGUUUUUGAGUGGCAUAAAUUAUUUUCUGAAGGUCGAGAGUGCACCGGAAUCCAAUUCAGNCAGAGGGUCAAACUGUGAACCAACAUUACUAUUUGACAGUUUUGGCAACAUUGCGCGAAUGAGUUCGUAAGAAACGGUCGAUAUUGUGCACCAGGAUAAUGCACCUGCCCAUAACGCGCUGUCUGUGAAGCGUUAUUUGGCCGCUUAAGGCUCUCCAGUACUCGAACACACGUCUUACUCACCCGACUUGGCACCCUGCGACUUUUACUUGUUUCCGAAGAUAAAGUCUGCCUUAAAAGGAAUCCGAUUUGAGUCGAUGGAAGAGGUGAAACAAAAAUCGGCGGGACUCCUGAAUGGUCUUACGAAAACAGACUUCCAGCACUGCCUCGAGCAAUGGAAAAAACGAAUUAAACGGCGUGUGGCGAGGGGAGGGGAGCAUUUGAAUGUAGAAUAACUUUUAUAAUAAAACACUUUUUAGUAACCAGUCUCGUUGUUUAAUAGCCACACCUCGUAUUAUUUACAUUAGCUAUCUACAUUAUUUAAUUGAUUCAACGGAUUAAAAAGUAAAAAAUAUUAAUAUACAGAGAAAAAAAAUCACUAGGUAUCGAUCUAUUUGGUAUUGAGUAUAAAGUCGAAUAUAUAUGUUUUACAGGACUCGGAUUUCGACCAAUGUCCCCGAAUGUCGAGGACGGAUCACUGAUUUACUAUGAAGCAAACAACCUAACCAAUAUAAAAGGGUGGACUGUUGAGUUAGACAAGUUCCUAGCUGGUAAGUAGAAAAUAAAAACUAUUAUGUUACAUUGUUAAAGAGGAUGUUAUACCUGCAUAGACGCCGUGCACUUUGCACCAGUGUGUUUUACACCCAUCACCUUUUUCGUGCGUUUUGCACCCAUUAUAUUUUUCGUGUUAUUUCCGCUAGUUAUUGAAAUCUUUACUUACUGAAAUUAUAUAAAGUGGACUAUUCACUUAAAAUUUAAAAUUAUAUAAAAUUAAUAUUAUAUAAUAUAAUCGUAUAAAAUAGUCAUAUUAUAGUUUUGAUUCAGAUUUCUGAACAAAUGAUAACUGACAGAUAGGUUAGUUAUCUAUAUAAUUAUAUUUCACGUAAUUUUAUACGUAUGGAUUUUCUAUCAUAAUUAUAUAAUAUAAACUAUAAGUCGAUAUAGGCUUCGGAUAACCAAUAACCAUAUUAUUAUUAUCGAUCAAAUUUUCAUUGUUAAGUGUUAGUAGUGUUUUGACUUUUGUUGCGUUACGUUCGGAUUUCCAAAUAAACAAGGAAACGAUAGAUUAUAAUAAUUUGACAAUUUUGUACGAUUAUAUUAUAUUAUACUAAUUUUAUAUAAUUUUAAAUUUUGAGCGAUUAGUCCGUUUUAUAUAAUUUUAGCAGGUAAAGAUUUCGAUAACAGACGCAAAACGCACGAAAAAGGUAAUGAGCGCAAACGCAUGGGCGCAAAGUGCACGCCACACCCGCAUGUGCUGUCUCAGUUCAACUAACGGGCGAUAUAGCAAAAUCUACUUUAAGCAGACUGCGUAGAACACUAGAACUCGCUUAAUUUUAGUUUUAGAGUUAAAUUAUUUAUUAUAAAAUUAAAAGAGUAUAAUAUUCCGGAAUGCAAGACGACGAGUUUAUUUUUUUAAAUAUUACAGUCAUUUAAAAACGGAGAAUUGUUUUUUAUUUCUAAAUGAUAUAUUGAACAUUAUAUCCGGAAUAAUAAUAAUAAUAAUAAUAGGAAAAACGCUUCGUCUUGCACUCCGGAUUAUUGUUCUAUUCUAAUUUUAUAAUAGGUACUUUUAAUCUAAAACCAAAAUUAAGCGAGUUCUACGCAGACUGCGAAAGGUAGAUUUUGCUAUAACACCCGUUAGUUGAAGUCAGACAGCACAUGCGGGUAUAGCGUUCUCUUAAUGUACCUAAUCCACAUUGGGUAUGUUAUUUUCCUUGUUAACCUCGUAUUUUAAGAUUUUUAAAAAUCGAAAUCAAUUUAAUUAUGAAACCAUAUAUUUACGUAUUCUUGGGGGAGGGGCAGGAUGUGUGGUAAAACUAAAAAUCUAUAAGGUAUGAAAAAGAGGGGGCUACAUAGAUCAAUAGAUAUUAUAGUUUAUUAGUUAGUAAUAGAAAAGAUUAAAAUAUUAAACAAAAAGUAUAAAGCAUACAUAAAACAAUACAUAAUAACUUUUUCGGUGUUGAGUGAAUUUCUCAAUUCCUUUCUUCCAAUUUUUAAAACCAACAUAAGUGAAAGUCUUUUUCAGCAUUUUUAGUAGAAAAUACUCUGCAGUAAAACGAAACGUUGCUUGUAAAUGCUUACUGAACUCGAUCCAUGGAAAUUGGCUACACCAUUCAAUUCUAAAUAAUCUAACAUUUAUCUUGAUAAAUUUAACAACUAUUGGUUAGGCAUUUAUUUUCAAUAAACAAUGUAAUUUCUGAUGUUUUACUAGCAAGAUCAUGCAUUGAUUAUUAGUCAUACAAUUACCAUAUAUUCAAAAUAAUAAUAAUAAAAUACAAUAAUUAAUUCUAGAUUUCUGUGGUUUGUAAUGUAUAGUAUACCUAAUUUAAUAUUUUUAAUGUUAAAGUUGCGUUUAAAACAAUAAUAAACAUAGAACAUAGACAACAACCAAUACAAACAUAGACUUGCCAGAACUAACUAAUAAAUAAAAAAUGAUCUGAGCUUCUAGUAUUAUUUUUACUUGUACCAAACAUUAUAAAAUUCAUAAAAAUUUGAAUGUUAAAACAAUAUACUUUUGAAUAAAAUAAAUUAAUAUCAAAUAUUAUUUACCUUCUGCGAUAUUCCAAAUUUUUUGACAACUAGAUACUUCUGUAAUGUAUUUUUCUUAUUGGCCCAAUGACGUAUUUAGGGGAGGAGAUAUAAAGGGCUUAGAUCCUGGGCGGUAAAUUUUGGAAAGCAUUUUGAUAUAUAUUAUAGGUUUUUUGAAUAUUAAAAAAAAAUAAUAAUAAUAAUAGUAAUAAUGUUUUUGCAUUCUGUGAUAAUAUCAGGACAUGGAAAAGUAUAAUAUAAUGGUUACUGGUUUAAGAUAUUAUAUUUUAUGCUGUGCUUAAAAUUAUUAUUCUUAUCAUACUUUAUAGAAUUGUUUUUUAUUUAUAUUUUUUAAAUUUUUUAAUUGAUUUGUGAAUAAUUGUGAUAGUGACCCAGGUUCAAACUUUCAAUGUGUUUUAAAAUUUUAAUUUUUUUUUGUUCUUUAUUUUCUAGAAAACAACAAUUCCUAACUUAAUAUACAAUUUUGUACUAUUUAUGCGUUUUGUAUAAUUUAUAAUAAAUGCACCUACUAUAUUCUUACGUAUAAUGCUUAUAUUUGUAUAUCAAUGAAUGUAUUUUUUAUACACACCUAAUAUGCUUUUUAGAUUCCGAGUAUAACGAAGAAUGCAUUGAUUUAUGUUUACCUAGUUAUAAUAAAGUUUUUGGCCAAAUUGGUUUUUUAAAUGAUGGUCUAGAUCUAAAACUAUGCUAAAAAUUAAAUAUUAAUAUAAAUCAUUUUUGUGAUUUGAAGUCUUUCAAAAAUGAUGUUAAGAUUUAUCUAGUAUAUAGUUUAUAUUAGUAACUUUUAAUACUGUGUAUUUACUUAUGCUAUAGUUUUCUAUUUUUAUUUUAACCUUUUUUUUAGUUUUAAUAUUGUAUAUUUUAUAUUCUAAUAUCAAUUAUCACAACAUGUUAUUUUAUGUAAGUACAAUUGUAAUUGAUAAGAACCGCUCUCCAGCACAAGCUUGGCUCAUGGGGAUGCUGAAAUCUAAUUUGUGUGUAUUGUCUAUUAAAUAUAUCACCUGUUGUUUUUUUGCAAAAUAUAUUAAUACUUAUAACUAAUGUGUUUUACAAAUAUAUUUCUGAAGAAAUUUGGGUUGGGAGGGAGGGCGUUUAUUUUCUUACCUGAAGCGCAAAAUAUUCAAAUACGUAUCUGCGAUUGGCCUGAUCUAAAAACAACAUACAUAGUGUAUCAAAUUAAUAUAUUUAAUUUAUAAUUUAUAAAUACAUAUACUGAAUAAUUUCUAAAAUACUAAUUAUUUCAUGAGAAAAUUUGAUUGGAAACUGAUAUACAAGGUUAGGAUAAAACUUAAUUGCAGUUUACGUUUUCCUGUUCAUCGAAUUUAAAAACUAUUUUUAUAGAUUCCCGGUAUUUUUCCCAAAUCGAAUGUCCCGAACACCCUUUUCCUUCGGGAAGGAGGAUGUUCAGGAAAUUUAAUUCUGGAAAAACUUCGAAAACCAUUUCUAUACAAUUUUACAAUACCAAUAUUUUAUAUAUUUUUCAUCAACUAUCAAUUUUACGACUACAUAUUUCAAAGGAAAUUAAAGGUUCCUGAUUUAGUUUUAUUUGAAAUAAUUCAAAUAAAUAAACACAUUCAUAUAAAGAGUUAGAAAUUUAGAAUUACAAUAUAGAAUAUGACUGAGUAUUAGACGAUAAACAUUGGUAUAAAAUAUUAAUUAUUUAAAGACGGUACAGUAUAGCGUAAUAAUAUUAUAUCGCCUAAAACAUUUUCAGUGUACAAAAAUAAGACCCUGUUACCAGACAAAGGUAGUAAUCAACAAAAGUGCGGAUACCACAUUCCACCACAAAAGGAUAAAGUAUGCGAAGUCCCUUUGGAGAACAUGGGACCAUGCACGUCCGACACUAACUAUUAUUUUUCAAAAGCUCAGCCUUGCGUUUUCAUUAAGCUUAAUAAGGUGGGUUGCUUUUCUAUAUUUUUAUUCAUCUUUAGAUAAGUCGAAACAUUUUUAAUUCUGUUGGGCAUAUUUAGAUUUUCGAUUGGAUACCAGAAUUCUACAAUAACAUAACAGACAUUCCAAAUGAAAUGCCGAGUGCGCUCAAACAAAAACUCUCAACAAUUCAAAGCUACGAGGUAAACAUUUAAAAUUAAGAUAUACUUAUACUUUUUUUGUCAGAAAAUCAUGGAUAGAAUAGAAUAUUAUUGUUCGUAUUGUGUUUAUAUCUAUUUUUAGUUUAACACAAUAUGGGUUACUUGCGAUGGAGAAGCACCGGCGGACAAAGACAACAUCGGGCCAUUGAAGUUAUAUCCGCAGGAUGGAUUUCCCGGCUACUAUUAUCCGUACAGAAACAAAAAAGACUACCUAAGCCCGUUGAUCGCUAUCCAUUUUGAAAAUCCAAAAAGUGAGAACGUAGAUAAUAAAUACUAUUAUACUGUGAAUCUGAUUUAACCAUCUAUUUGUUCCCUGGGAAUUAAUCGUUAAGUCGUAAUAGGUACCUACUAAACCAAAAAUACUUAAUUUCUUAUGAUAGUAUAUUGGAUGGACAAAAAUAAUUUAUCUUGUAUCAAAUAACUCAUCAAAAUAAUAAUAAUAUAUGAAUAUUGUAUAGUAGUUCGGUGAACAGUAAACGUAUAUCUAGCGAGUAUCCCCGUUGGGCAAAUGUGAGGCGAUUGGAGGCAAACAAAUUGCGAACAAAUUGGGCAGAUCUGCUUCGCAUAUAUCUGUUUCACCUAUUCAGCUCUUAAGACUUGUUUGCUCGGUUAAUUAUUUUAAGUACCUACUUACUAUUUGUGUAAAAGUCAUAAUCAAAAUAUAAUUAAAAUACGAUAUUAAAAAUAUUGUACCUCUACCAAGUGAUAAUUUUCAAUUUGAUCCGCGACUAUUGUUAUUUUUUAUCUUUUAGAACACACUUUGAUCAACGUGGAGUGUCGUGCUUGGGCCAAGAACAUUUUUUACAAACGUAGCUUGCAGAACCGCGAGGGUUCUGUUCACUUCGAACUGAUGAUCGACUAAGUUGCAGCACAUACAUAAUAAUUAACAGUUACAUUACUUGUUCUCAGUUUUUCGGAAAGUCACGAAAAAAUGCAAAAAUGCAGAACAUAGCACCAGAUUGUUUUAAAACUAUAUACUUUAGUUGAAAAGUUCCAUUAAAAGCUGUUAUUAGAUUUAAGUAUUAAAGAUUAUUGAUUUUACAGAGAUAAAAUUUAACUUUAGAUUUAAUUUUAUUGUUGAUUUUUGAUUUUAAGUAGGUAUUUGUAUAAAAUUAAAACACUCUAAAGCUACUAAUAAACACAAUUUGAUAUGAAAAAAAAACAAAUAUUAGGUAUAUAAAUGGACAACCUAACAAUAUCCGUUUGCCAAUUUUUAUACUGUAGUGGUUUAAAUAUCAUUGUUAGUUAGGUUAUUAUUAUUAUAUCGCUUUUAUAUGGUUUAAAAUACAGGAUAAACCCCAAAAAAAUAAGAGCAAAUAUUAUUUGAAAACCUAACGUAGGAAGAUUUAUAAUUAUAACUUGAAAGUACCUACUUGCAAAUAUUAUAAUAUAGAUAAGGAGAGUUUAAACCUAUCGUAUUGAAACAAUAUUAUAUAAUAGUCACAUAAUAUUUUAUAUCUUAUCUUUUUAAUUUAUUUCUUUUUGUCGUCUUCAACGUGUUUAAGUAUCAUGUAAUAAUAUUAUUAUUAAAGACGAUUUUAUGUCAGUGCAAUGCUUUUUAUCCAGCUUAUGUAGCAAAGUACAUGACGAUGCAUGUAUUAUAAAAUUAUAACAUUAUGUUAGUGUUUGAAUGAAAAUAUAUCCAUUCAUGUCAAAUCGAUGUAGGUAAUAAUAAUAUUAUAUUAUGGAACGGAAUAAUCGCAUUUGAGAAACUAAAAUUAUUAUUAUUAUUGUUUAUUAAUAUUAUUAUUACUACUUUUAAAUUAUUAUUACUACUUUUAAAUUAUUAUUACUGUUGUUAUAUAUAUUAAUAAAAAGAAAAAAUUAGAUAUAUUUAAACCAUGCUAAUAUUAACCGUAAUAUGUUGUAAAUUGUCGUAACAAUAAUUUUAAUAACCGAUGUGUUGCUGAUCGUCUUAAUGAUUACAAUUAUUAUUUUACAUAAAUUUGUACCUACGUUAGAUUAAAGUAGAUAUACCAUUUUACAUAGGUAUUAAUAUUAAUAUAAUAUUUAUUAUAUUAUAUUAAAAGAAAGUUAUUGGUAAUAUUUAAAAUUGUUUAUAAUAUGUUGAUAUUGCGAGAUAAACAACACUAUAGCUUAUUCUAGGGGAACGCGUGUUUGAAAAAAAAACUUAUUCACUUUAUAUUUCGUUUUACGUGGUCGAGAGUAAUAUAAUAUGUACCGUAUAAUACAAUAUUAAGUAACGUGAAUAUUUUGUGGUUGAAGUAAGUUUAUGUAAACAUAAUUAUACUUUCUAUUAUAGAAUUAGUUAAUAAAUAAUAGAUGUAAAAUUGUUGA